UGCCUUUCAAAGAUGACAAAAAGUCCAAGAGCAAAGGCGAGAGAGAGAGAGAGAGUUCAAUACUACUGAACACAUACAUUUCUGAUUGAGUCAGGCCAUCACUGAGAUCAUUGAGAGCUAAAGAUGUCUCUUCCAAGAGCUUCAGAUAGCAAUAACAGCAACCCUUUCCCCCAUUCUCUCUUUCCACACAAGCAGAGCAAAGUAGAAGAGAGUGAUGAAGAUUUGUUCACAGUUCCAGACGUGGAAACUCCACCAACUAUGAAUUCUUCUGACAUCUCUAAUGUUUUUGGUAAUAAUAAGGAAAAUAAUAGUGCAGAGACUCAGCACCACAGUACUUCUGGGUUAUCUGGUAAACGUCGCAGGGGAAGAAACCCUGUUGAUAAAGAAUACAGACGUCUCAAGAGGUUGCUAAGGAACAGGGUGUCUGCUCAACAAGCCCGAGAAAGGAAGAAGGUAUAUGUCACUGACCUGGAAUCAAGAGCCAAAGACUUACAGGACAGGAACUCGAAAUUAGAAGAGAAGAUCUCAACUCUGGUCAAUGAAAAUAUCAUGCUUAGGAAGGUUCUUAUGAACACAAGGCCUAAGAAUGAUGAAAGUGUUGAGCCGAAGCAGGAUCAGUUUAGCAAGAGCUGAGAAGCAUAAGGUGUUUGUUCUUUAGGCCUUUCAAGUUAAUAAAUUUUUAUUAAGGAUUCUCAUAGACCCUUUAAUUUAGACAAAUGUAAAUCAUCAUAUUUCCUAAACCAUAUAUGUAUAAACGCAAGACACAGUUUAUUAAUAAGACCAGUGGGUUGGAGUA